AUGUGGCCGCGACUGGCCCUUUGUUGCUGGACUCUGGCGCUCGUUGCAGGCUGGGCCAACUUUCCGCAGCUGUCCCCGUCUCGCAAUUUUAGUUUCCGCUUCUUCCCGGAGGCCGCGCCUGGGGCUCCGGGGCGGCUGCUCGCCAGAGCGCCCGCGCCGGGCGAGGAGGACGCGGACGCCGCAGCCGCCACCGGCGAGAGCAAAGUGGAACGGCUGGGUCAGGCGUUCCGGCGGCGCGUGCGGCGCUUGCGGGAGCUCAGCGAGCGCCUGGAGCUGGUCUUCCUGGUGGACGAGUCUUCCAGCGUGGGCCAAGCCAACUUCCUCAGCGAGCUCAGGUUUGUCCGCAAGCUGCUGUCCGAUUUCCCCGUGGUACCCAGCGCCACGCGCGUGGCCAUCGUGACCUUCUCGUCCAAGAACAACGUGGUCCCGCGCGUCGACUACAUCUCCACGCGCCGCGCCCACCAGCACAAGUGCGCCUUGCUCAGCCGCGAGAUCCCCGCCAUCACCUACCGUGGCGGUGGCACCUACACCAAAGGUGCCUUCCAGCAAGCCGCGCAAAUUCUUCGUCAUUCUAGAGAAAAUGCAACAAAAGUUAUAUUUCUUAUUACUGAUGGAUAUUCCAAUGGGGGAGAUCCUAGACCCAUUGCUGCAGCUCUGAGAGAUUUUGGAGUGGAGAUCUUCACUUUUGGCAUUUGGCAAGGAAAUAUUCGAGAACUGAAUGACAUGGCUUCCACCCCAAAGGCGGAACAUUGCUUCUACUCCCACAGUUUUGAAGAUUUGAGGCUUUAGCUCGACCGGGCAUUGCAUGAAGAUCUUCCUUCUGGGAGUUUUAUUCAAGAGGACAUGUCCCAUUGCUCCUAUCUGUGCGAAGCUGGCCGAGACUGCUGUGAUCGAAUGGCGAGCUGCAAAUGUGGGACCCAUACAGGUCAAUUUGAGUGUAUCUGUGAAAAGGGGUAUUAUGGGAAAGGUCUACAGUAUGAAUGUACAGCUUGUCCAUCAGGGACAUUCAAACCAGAAGGUUCACCAGGAGGAAUCAGCACUUGCCUUCCAUGUCCUGAUGAAAAUCACACCUCUCCACCUGGAAGCACAUCUUUGGAGGAUUGUGUUUGCAAAGAAGGCUACCAGGCAGUGGGACAGACCUGUAAAGUUGUCCACUGUCCUACUCUGAAGCCUCCUGAAAAUGGUUACUUUAUCCAAAACACUUGCAAUAACCACUUCAAUGCAGCCUGUGGGGUCCGAUGUCACCCUGGAUUUGACCUCGUGGGAAGCAGCAUCUUCCUGUGUCUACCCAACGGUUUGUGGUCCAGUUCAGAAAGCUCCUGCAGAGUAAGAACUUGCCCUCAUCUCCAGCAACCCAAAUAUGGCCACUUGAGCUGUUCCACAAGGGUAAUGUCCUACAAGACAAUAUGUUUGGUUACCUGUGAUGAAGGUUACAGAUUAGAAGGCAAUGCUAAACUUACCUGUCAAGAAAACAGCCAAUGGGAUGGUCUUGAACCCCGGUGUGUGGAACGCCGUUGCUCAACCUUUCAGAAGCCAAAAGGUGUCAUUCUAUCCCCUUCAAACUGUGGCAGACAGGCAGCCAGACCUGGAACUGUUUGUCAGUUAAGUUGCCGCCAAGGAUUCAUUUUAUCUGGAGUCAGAGAAGAAGUGAGAUGUACCAUCAAUGGAAAAUGGAGUGCCAGAAUUCAAACAGCUGCUUGUAAAGAUGUGGAAGCUCCACAAAUCAAAUGUCCUGAGGACAUAGAGGCUGAGACUCAGAAACAACAAGACUCUGCUAAUGUCACCUGGCAAAUCCCAAUGGCCACAGACAACUCUGGAGAAAAGGUAUCACUCCAUGUUCAUCCAGCUUUUACUCCACCUUACCUUUUCCCAAUUGGAGAUGUUGCUAUCACAUACACAGCAACUGACCAAUCCAGCAACCAAGCCAGCUGCACUUUCCAUGUCAGGGUUAUAGAUGUAGAGCCACCUUCCAUAGACUGGUGCAGGUCCCCACCUGCAAUCGAGGUGUCCGAGAAGGAGCAUGCUGUGAUUUGGGAUGAGCCUCAGUUUUCUGACAACUCAGGAGCUCCAUUAGUCAUCACCAGAAGUCAUUCACCAGGAGACUUGUUCCCGCAUGGGGACACUGUCGUGAGGUAUACAGCUACUGAUCCAUCGGGCAAUAACAGAACAUGUGAUAUCCACAUUGUCAUAAAAGGCUCUCCCUGUGAAGUUUCAUUUACACCUGUCAAUGGGGAUUUUGUAUGUACUCAAGAUAGUUUUGGAGUUAAUUGUACACUAAGAUGUUUAGAGGGCUAUGAUUUCACAGAAGGGUCAACUGGAAAAUAUUUCUGUUCUUAUGAAGAUGGUAUCUGGAAACCACCAUAUUCCAUUGAGUGGCCUGACUGUGCUAUAAAACGGUUUGCAAAUAAUGGGUUCAAGUCCUUUGAAAUGUUAUAUAAAGCAACUCGCUGUGAUGACACAGAUAUGUUAAAAAAAUUUUCUGAAGCCUUUGAGACCACUCUGGGGAAAAUGGUCCCAUCAUUUUGUAGUGAGGCCGAUGACAUUGACUGCAGACUGGAGACUCUGACCAAAAAAUAUUGUCUCGAAUAUAAUUAUGACUAUGAAAAUGGCUUUGCAAUUGAACCAGUGGGCUGGGAUGCAGCUAACAGAGUAGAUUACUCUUAUGAUCAUUUUCUGGAUGCUGUACAAGAAUCCCCCAUGGCUGCUGACAAAACCAGAUCUUCACGGACACAAAGAAGCAUACCAGAGUCUAAUCACAAAAUUAAGUUAGUUUUUAACAUCACAGCUAGUGUGCCAUUACCUGAUGAAAGAAAUGACACCCUUGAAUUGGAAAAUCAGCAGAGACUCAUUAAGACAUUGGAAACUAUCACAAAUCAACUGAAAAGAACGCUUAAUAAGGAGCCCAUGAAUUCCAUUCAGCUUGCAUCAGAAACGCUGAUUGCCGAUAGCAAUUCCAUAGAAACUGGAAAGGCUUUUCUGUUCUGCAGACCGGGAUCAGUGCUGAGAGGGCGCAUGUGUGUCAAUUGUCCUUUAGGAACCCAUUAUUCUAUGGAGCAUUCUGUCUGUGAAAGCUGCUAUAUGGGAUUCUAUCAAGAUGAAGAAGGACAACUUGAGUGCAAAGCCUGUCCACCAGGGACUCAUACAGAAUACCUUCAUUCAAGAAGCAUCUCGGAAUGCAAAGUUUGGUGUAAACAAGGUACCUACUCAUCCACUGGUUUUGAGACUUGUGAAUCGUGUCCACUGAACACUUACCAACCAGCAACUGGUUCCAAGACCUGCCUUGCAUGUCCACAAAAUAGUUCAACUGUGAAAAGAGGAGCUGUGGAUAUUUCUGCUUGUGGAGUGCCAUGUUCAGUGGGAGAAUUCUCUCGUUCAGGGUUAAUGCCUUGUUAUCCAUGUCCUCAAGAUUACUACCAACCUGAAUCUGGGAAGUCCUUCUGCUUAUCUUGUCCCUUUUAUGGAACCACAACUUUCACUGGUGCAACAUCCAUCACAGAUUGCUCAAGUUUUAGUUCAACUUUCUCAGCAGCAGAAGAAAGUAUAGUGACUCAUUCUUCUGACCACAUAAAAACUAAGUAUGAAGUCAGCAAUCAGGUUUUUCAUGAAUGCUUCCUGAACCCCUGUCACAAUAGUGGAACAUGCCAACAAGUUGGACGUGGUUAUGUUUGUCUCUGUCUACCUGGAUAUACAGGCUUAAAGUGUGAAAUAGACAUUAAUGAAUGCAGUUCACUGCCCUGUCUCAACAAUGGAAUAUGCAAAGAUCAAGUUGGAGAAUUCAUUUGUGAAUGCCCAUCUGGCUACACAGGUCCAGUAUGUGAAGAAAAUAUAAAUGAAUGCAGUUCUAGUCCCUGUUUAAAUAAAGGUAUCUGUACUGAUGGCUUAGCUGGUUAUAGCUGUACUUGUGCAAAAGGAUACACAGGUAUGCACUGUGAAACGGAAGUCAAUGAAUGUGACCCAAACCCAUGCUUUCAUGAUGCCAUCUGUGAAGAUCAAGUUGGAGGUUUCUUGUGCAAAUGCCCACCUGGAUUUUUGGGUACCCUGUGUGAAAAAGACCUGGAUGAAUGUCUCAGUCAACCAUGUAAAAAUGGAGCUACCUGUAUAGAUGGUGCCAAUGGCUUCAGAUGCCAGUGCAUACCAGGUUUCUCAGGACCACGCUGUGGAUGGAACAUCAAUGAAUGUCACUCAAACCCAUGCAGAAAUCAGGCCACCUGUGUGGAUAAAAUUAAUUCGUACAGUUGUAAAUGUCACCCAGGAUUUUCGGGCAACAGGUGUGAAAUAGAACAAUCAAAUAAUUUUAACCUGGUCUUUGAAGUUUCUGGUAUCUAUGGUUAUGUCAUGCUGGAUGGAGUGCUUCCAACUCUUCAUGCUGUGACCUGUACAUUUUGGAUGAACUCCUCUGAUACUAUCAACUAUGGAACCCCCAUCUCCUAUGCCCUUGAGAAUGGCAUUGGCAGUGACAACACAUUCCUCCUGACAGAUUACAAUGGUUGGGUUCUUUAUGUGAAUGGCAAGGAAAAGAUAACAAACUGUCCCUCUGUGAAUGAUGGCAGCUGGCAUCAUAUUGCAGUUACAUGGACAAGUGCUGAUGGGGCCUGGAAAGUCUAUAUUGAUGGAAAGUUUUCUGAUGGUGGUGUGGGGCUCUCUGUUGGUUCACCCAUUCCUGGUGGGGGUGCACUAGUUCUUGGACAAGAACAAGACAAAAAGGGAGAAGGAUUCAAUCCAGCUGAGUCUUUUGUGGGUUCCAUAAGCCAGUUCAACCUCUGGGACUAUGUCCUGUCUCCACAGCAGGUGAAUUUGUUGGCUACCUCAUGCCCAGAGGAACUCAGUAAAGGAAAUGUGUUGGCCUGGCCUGAUUUUUUGUCAGGAGUUGUGGGUAAAGUGAAGAUUGAGUCCCAAAGCAUAUUCUGUUCUGAUUGCCCACCCUUAGAAGGAUCUAUACCUCAUCUGCGAACCACAGCAGUCAACUUAAAGCCAGGUUCCAAAAUCAAUCUGUUCUGUGAUCCAGGCUUCCAGAUGGUUGGAAAUCCUGUACAACAUUGUCUGAACCAAGGACAAUGGACACAACCACUUCCCCACUGUGAACGCAUUAGUUGUGGGGUGCCACCCCCUUUGGAGAAUGGCUUCUAUUCAGCUGAGGAUUUUAAUGCUGGUAGCACAGUGACCUACCAGUGUAACAAUGGCUACUAUUUAUUGGGUGAUUCAAGGAUGUUCUGUACAGAUAAUGGGAGCUGGAAUGGAAUCUCACCAUCUUGUCUUGAUGUUGAUGAAUGUGCAGUUGGGUCAGAUUGUGAUGAGCAUGCUUCCUGCCUGAAUACAAAUGGAUCAUACAUCUGCUCAUGUAUACCCCCCUACACAGGAGAUGGUAAAAAAUGUGCAGAGCCUGUAAAAUGUAAGACUCCAGAAGAUCCAGCCAAUGGGAAAUGGGACUCUUCUGAGGAGGCUUACACAGUGGGCGCCAGGAUCACAUGUUCAUGUGAGGAAGGAUACAGAUUGGCAGGAGUACCGAUAAUCACCUGUUUGGAGUCGGGAGAAUGGAAUCAUCCAGUCCCUUAUUGUAAAGCUAUCUCCUGUGGUGCACCAGUUAUUCCAGAAAAUGGUGGCAUUGUUGGAUCUACAUUUAUCUAUGGCAGUAAAGUAACAUACAGGUGCAACAAAGGACAUAUUCUGGAUGGUGAAGAAGAAUCAUCCUGUCUUGCUAGCGGUUCUUGGAGUCAUUCACCUCCUAAGUGUGUAGUGGUGACGUGCUCUAGCCCUGAAAGCAUCAGCAAUGGGAAAUAUCUUUUGAGUGGCCUUACUUACCUUUCCACUGCUUCUUAUUCCUGUGAAAGUGGCUAUAGCUUACAGGGCCCUUCUGUCCUCGAGUGCUCAGCCUCAGGCAGCUGGGACAAAGCGCCACCUAGCUGUCACCUCGUAUUCUGUGGAGAGCCACCUGCCAUCAAAGAUGCUGUCAUCAGCGGAAGUAACUUCACUUUCAGGAAUACAGUUACUUACACUUGCAAAGAAGGCUAUACCCUCGCUGGUCCUGACACCAUUGAAUGUUUGGCUAACGGCAAGUGGAGUGGAAGUAACCAGCAGUGUCUGGCUGUCUCCUGUGAUGAGCCCCCUAUUGUGGAACAUGCCUCUCCGGAGACUGCCCAUCGCUUAUUUGGAGACAUUGCAUUCUACUAUUGCUCAGAUGGCUACAGCCUGGCAGACAAUUCUCAGCUCUUCUGUAAUGCUCAGGGCAAGUGGGUUCCUCCAGAAGGUCAGACUGUACCACGUUGUAUAGCUCAUUUUUGUGAAAAUCCCCCAUCUGUCUCCUACAGCAUCUUGGAAUCUGUGAGCAAAGCAAAAUUUUCAAUAGGCUCAGUUGUGAGUUUCAAAUGCAUGGAAGGUUUUGUACUGAACACUUCAGCCAAGAUUGAAUGUAUGAGAGGUGGACAGUGGAAUCCUUCCCCCAUGUCCAUCCAGUGCAUCCCUCUGCGGUGUGGAGAGCCACCCAGCAUUCUAAAUGGCUAUGCAAGUGGAUCAAACUACAGCUUUGGAGCCAUUGUGGCUUAUAGCUGCAACAAAGGAUUCUAUAUCAAAGGGGAGAAGAAGAGCACCUGUGAAGCCACGGGACAAUGGAGUACCCCUAUUCCUACAUGCCACCCUGUUAUGUGCAAUGAGCCGCCUAAGGUUGAGAAUGGCUUUCUGGAGCAUACCACUGGCAAGAUCUUUGAGAGUGAAGCGAGAUAUCGGUGUAACCCCGGAUAUAAACCAGUUGGAAGUCUUGUGUUUGUCUGUCAAGCCAAUCGCCAUUGGCACAGUGAAUCUCCUUUGUCCUGUCUCCCUAUCAACUGUGGAAAACCUCCUCCAAUUCAGAAUGGCUACAUGACAGGAGAAAAUUUUGAAGUGGGUUCCAAGGUUCAAUUUUUCUGUAAUGAGGGUUAUGAACUUAUUGGUGAUCAUCUUUGGACAUGCCAGAAGUCUGGCAAAUGGAAUAAAAAAACAAACCAAAAGUGUGUGCCUGCCAAGUGCCCAGAACCACCACUUCUGGAAAAUCAACUGAUUUUAAAGGAGUUGACUACUGAGGUGGGUGUGGUAACAUUUUCGUGUAAAGAAGGGCAUGUCCUACAGGGACCUUCUGCUCUCAAAUGCCUACCAUCCCUACAAUGGAAUGAUUCCUUCCCUGUUUGUAAAAUGGUUCUUUGCCUUCCACCUCCCCUGAUUUCCUUUGGUGUCCCUGCUCCUUCUUCUCUUCAUUUUGGAAGUACAGUCAAGUAUUCUUGUGUAGAUGGAUUUUUCCUAAAAGGAGACACCACCACCUUCUGUCAAGCUGAUGGUACCUGGAGCUCUCCUUUACCAGAAUGUGUUCCAGUAGAGUGUCCCCAACCUGAAGAAAUACUCAAUGGCAUCAUUGAUGUGCAAGGACUUGCAUAUCUCAGCACAGCCCUGUAUACCUGUAAACCAGGCUUUGAGUUGGUGGGAAAUACUACCAUCCUUUGUGGAGAAAAUGGUCAGUGGCUUGGAGGAAAACCCAAUUGUAAACCUAUUGAGUGUCCAAAACCUAAGGAAAUUCUGAAUGGCAAAUUCUCCUAUACAAACCUACACUAUGGGCAAACCAUUACAUACUCUUGUGACCGAGGCUUUAGGCUUGAAGGGCACAAAGCCUUGACCUGUUUAGAGACUGGUAAUUGGGAUGUGGAUAUCCCAUCUUGUAGUGCCAUCCACUGUAAUCCCCCACAACCCAUUGAAAAUGGUUUUGUGGAAGGUGCAGAUUAUAGCUAUGGAGCCAUGAUUAUCUAUAGCUGCUUUCCUGGGUUCCAGGUGGCUGGUCUUGCCAUGCAAACCUGUGAGGAGUCAGGAUGGUCAAGCUCUAUCCCAUCAUGUAUACCCAUAGACUGUGGUCUCCCUCCUCACAUAGACUUUGGGGACUAUAUUAAGGUCAAAGAUGAUCAAGGAUAUUUUAACCAAGAAGAAGACAUGAUGGAAGUUCCAUAUAUGACUCCUCGACCUUCUCACCAGGUAGAAGCAAUAGCUAAAAGCACGAAGGAGUCUUCAAGUAUACAUUCAACAAACUUUCUCUUUGGCACUAUGGUUUUAUACUCCUGUAAUCCAGGGUAUGAAAUUUUGGGAAACCCUUUACUGAUUUGCCAAGAAGAUGGAAUUUGGAAUGGCAGUGCUCCAUCUUGCAUCUCAAUUGAGUGUGACAUGCCUACUGUUCCAGAAAAUGGCUUUUUACACUUUACAGAGACCACAAUGGGCAGUGCUGUGAAGUAUAGCUGUAAACCUGGACAUGUUCUGGUGGGCUCUGACAUAAGACUUUGUCUACAGAACAAAGAAUGGAGUGGUGUUUCCCCAUCGUGUGAAGCUAUUUCAUGCAAAAAACCAAAUUCGAUUAUGAAUGGCUCCAUCAAAGGAAGCAAUUAUACAUAUCAGAGUGUGUUGUUUUAUGAGUGUAAUCCUGGCUAUAUUUUGAAUGGAACCAAGAAAAGAACAUGCCAAGAAGACAAAAAUUGGGACGAGGAGGAGCCAUUUUGCCUUCCUGUGGAUUGUGGUUCACCCCCAAUAUCAGCCAAUAGUCAGGUGAAAGGAGAUAAGUACACAUUCCAAAAUGAGGUUGAGUAUAAUUGCACUGUAGGAUUCUCACUCGAGGGAGCCAGGAAUCGAAUUUGCCUUGAGGAUGGAAAUUGGAGUGGAACCACUCCCAUCUGUGUGCCUGUCAAAUGUGCCAUCCCACCACAAGUAGAAAAUGGGAUGAUGCAUGGCCUUGAUUAUAGCUUUGGUAAGGAAGUGGUGUUCCAGUGUCAUGAAGGCUACAUAUUGCAUGGUGCUUCAAAACUCACCUGUCAAUUAGAUGGCAACUGGGAUGCAGAGCUUCCUCUCUGUAAGCCACUCAACUGUCGACCUCCCGAAGACCUUCCCCAGGCCUUUCCUAAUGGAUUUUCUUUUGUUCAUGGAGGACAUAUACAGUAUCAGUGCUUUUCUGGUUAUAAGCUCCAGGGAAAUCCUUCAAGAAGGUGUCUCUCCAAUGGUUCCUGGAGUGGCAGUCCACCCUCCUGCCUGCCAUGCAGAUGUUCCACACCAGUAAUUCAAAAUGGAGCUAUUAAUGGGACAGAUUUUGGCUGUGGAAAGGCAACCCAGAUUUAUUGUUUCAAAGGCUUUAAGCUUCUGGGACUUUCAGAGAUCAUUUGUGAAUCCAAUGGCCAGUGGAGUACUUCCUUUCCACGCUGUGAACAUCCUAUUUGUGGUUCUCCUCCUAUAAUACCAAAUGCAUUUGUCAGUGAGAGCAGCUCUUUGGAAGAAAAUGGUAUAACUUACAACUGCAGAUCAGGGUAUACCAUACAGGGAUAUUCAGACCUGUUUUGUACAGAGAAAGGUACAUGGAGCCAGCCUUAUCCAGUCUGUGAGCCUCUCUCCUGUGGACCCCCACCGUCUGUGGACAAUGCAGUGGCAACUGGCGAGACAUACACUUAUGAAAGCAAAGUGAAACUCAGAUGCCUGGAAGGUUUUACGAUGGACACAGAUAUAGAUACAUUUACCUGCCAGAAAGAUGGUCAAUGGUUUCCUGAGACCAUCUCCUGCAAUCCUACAAAAUGUUCUCUACCAACAAACAUAGCACAUCUGCUUGUUCAUGGGGAUGAUUUCAGUGUAAAUAAGCAAGUGUCUGUGUCAUGUGCAGAAGGGUAUACCUAUAAGGGAGCUAACAUAUCGACAUGUCAGCUUGAUGGAACAUGGGACCCACCAUUCUCUGAGAAACCCUGCAUUCCAAUUUCUUGUGGCACACCUAAAAUUCCAGAACAUGGGUUUGUUGUUGGCAGUAGAAACAGCUUUCAAAGCAGAAUUUCUUAUCAAUGUGAACCUGGCUAUGAAUUAGAGGGGAACAGGGAACGUAUCUGUCAGGGGAAUGGAAAAUGGAGUGGAGAGGAAGCAACUUGCAGAAAGGCCAGAUGUGAAAUACCGCAUGAGUUCCUGAAUGGGAAAGCUGAUGUUGAAAACACUACCUCUGGACCUGUCUUGACAUAUUUCUGCAACAGAGGUUACAGCCUUGAAGGGGUGCCAGAGGCAUACUGCACUGAAAAUGGAACUUGGAGCCACCCAGUUCCUCUCUGCAAACCAAAUCCAUGUCCAGUGCCUUUUGUGAUCCCUGAGAAUGCAGUGCUUUCUGAAAAGGAGUUUUAUGUGGAUCAGAAUGUCUCUUUCAAGUGCAGGGAAGGUUUCGUGCUCCAGGGCCAUGGCGUCAUCACCUGCAACCCGGAUGAGACAUGGACACAAACAGAUGCCAGAUGUGAAAAAAUCUCAUGUGGCCCACCUGCUCAUAUAGAAAAUGCAAUUGCUCGCGGUAUACAUUAUCAAUAUGGGGACAUGGUCACCUACUCAUGUUAUAGUGGAUACAUGUUGGAGGGUUCACUAAGGAGUGUUUGCUUAGAAAAUGGAACCUGGACAUCACCUCCUAUUUGCAGAGCUGUCUGCCGCUUCCCCUGCCAGAAUGGAGGCAUCUGCCAACGCCCAAAUGCCUGUUCCUGUCCAGAGGGCUGGAUGGGGCGCCUCUGUGAAGAACCAAUAUGUAUUCUCCCAUGUCUGAACAGUGGUCGUUGUGUGGCCCCUUAUCAGUGUGAAUGCACAGCUGGCUGGACAGGAACCCGCUGUCAUACAGCUGUGUGCCAGUCUCCCUGCUUAAAUGGUGGAAAAUGUGUGAGACCAAAUCGAUGCCAUUGCCUCUCAGCUUGGACAGGACAUGACUGUUCCAGGAAAAGGAGAACUGGGUUUUGA